AGCGUUCGAUCCCCCCAAGGUUGAGGAACGUUGCGGGGCACGUGAUGGUUUGUACUUCAUAUCUACCUAGGCCAUGUACCUGGUUGAGUUACUAAAUGUCCGUCUUCAAGGGUAGAUAGUAAACGAAGAAAAUGUCGAAGUUGAAGCUGUUACCACUGAAGCAGUCAGCCAGGGAGAAACACGGUACGGAGUAUAUGGGAAACACUUACCUUCCACCUCCCUCAGUUCUUCGUCCCCAAUACUUUACACAUAACCCACCCAACCGUGCACAUGGGCCAGCAGGAAAGCAUCUUCUCAUUCCAAUCAUUCCCACCAUAUUCAAUACUAUGCCUAAUAUCAUACAUCCGUUCCAGUCCGGAAACAAGCAUAAAAUCAAUGAUGCAUGCCAACCCGACGCCACUGUGAAACCCUCCAAACCCACGGGGUAUGCAUGCAUGCGUUCAGACGCCGAAUAAAUAUGCCUCCAAAAAACUCCGAAUGGGCGCCAAAUCGACACAAGCUUAGGAAAGAAGAGUU